AGGUCGCAACUCACAACCACGAUGGCGCCACGUUAUCUUUACCCCUCCCCUUACCGAACUGUCAAAUCGAGGAACGUUGUUUGUAUACGAAAUUUUUAUCAGUUUUCAGCCUCAAGUACAAUCCGGGGACUUCGAACAAGUGAAUAAGAUCAGAAUGAAUCGUACAAUGGAUGAAAAAGAAGAAUUAGUUAAAAAAUCUUUAUUUAGUUUUGUGAGGAAAGAAGUACCCACUGCCCAAUUAAGUUUAAUAGAUGAUAUUGUUUUGAGUUAUGUGGUAAGUAUGGUAGAAGAAAGUGCACUUGAGGAAGAUUUGGAUGUUGAUGGAUUAUGUGAAAUGGUCUCUGCUUGCCUUCCUGAGUUUUCUACCAUUGAAAAAGAAGCAGUAUCUAAAUGGUUGUUAGAUAUUGAAAGCAAAUUACGGCAAGAAACUAAAGAAAAUGAAAAUUGCCAACCUCAGGAUCCUUUGAGUCAUAUUAGUUUAACAGCUUUGUUACCUCCUGGUACACAAAGAAUGAGAGUUCAUCAUCUCUCAGAAACAAGUGAUGCUGGAAGUGAUUCUAGUGGAGAAUAUUUUUCAGAAGAAUCAUCUUGGCAUCAAGUAGCACUUCUGCAAGAAAUGUUUCCAGCUGCAAGUCCAGCAGAAGCUAGACAUUGCUUAGCAGUUGCAGGUGGUGAUAUAGCAAAAGCAGCACAGCUUGCACUUCAUAGACAAGAAGCAGGACAAAGUCUUGUUAGCAAUCUUACUUUCCUAACACCAAACGGUCGUAACAAGGCCAGAGUAAAUGACGAGGAAUUGAAAUCACGUAUCAUCGCACGAUAUAGUUACGUUGAUAGAGAUGAUGAUUCACGUGAGCAUCGCCCAGUCGCCCCGAAAACGGAACCAAAAAAAUUAGUACGUUAUUUAGAUAACAAGAUUGUAAGUGUGAAAGGUGAACGUUAUACUGAAGUAAGAAGAGGUGGUGAAGAGGAAGAUGGGAAUGAAGGUGGUAGAAAAAGAGGUCAUUGCCGACCGUAACCAGUCCCUUUGCCUCCACCCCCUGAUCCACCCCCUUGGAGGCAUC